UACGCACAAGCCCCCUUCUUAGUUCGUUUCCGAGACAGCGAGAAAAACCAUGUACUGGGUUGCAAGCGCCUCCGAGUACCUGGUCAUCACCGGGGUCGGCAUCGCCGACAUCAAGAUAGCGAAGAAGGGAUGGGUCCUUCCCGGUCAGUCCUGCGCCGUCUUCGACGUGUCGCCGGUCAAUUACACGUUCGAGGUGCAGGCCAUGAGCGCCGAGAAGCUGCCCUUCAUCCUCCCAGCCGUGUUCACCAUCGGUCCCAAGGUCGACGAUGAUGAGAGCCUCCACAAAUAUGCCAAACUCAUCUCCCCCCACGACAAGCUCUCCAACCACGUGAAGGAGCUCGUCCAGGGGAUCAUCGAGGGGGAGACGCGUGUGCUGGCGGCCUCAAUGACCAUGGAAGAGAUCUUCCGAGGCACCAAGGAGUUCAAGGGGGAGGUGUUUGAGAAGGUCCAGCUCGAGCUCAAUCAGUUCGGCCUGCUGAUCUAUAACGCGAACGUGAAGCAGCUGGUGGAUGUCCCGGGGCACGAGUACUUCUCUUACUUGGGCCAGAAGACGCAGAUGGAGGCGGCGAACCAGGCCAAGAUCGACGUGUCUGAGGCCAGGAUGAAGGGCGAGAUUGGGUCCAAGAGUAGGGAAGGGCAGACCUUGCAAAACGCGGCAAAGAUUGACGCAGAGACGAAGAUCAUCGCUACGCAGAGGCAAGGGGAGGGGAAGAAGGAGGAGAUCAGGGUGAGGACGCAGGUGAAGGUCUACGAGAAUGAAAGGGAGGCCGAGGUCGCGGAGGCCAACUCCGAGCUGGCGAAGAAGAAGGCGGGUUGGACCAAGGAGGCCGAGGUGGCGCAGGUGGAGGCCGCCAAGUCGGUGGCGCUGAGGGAGGCCGAGCUUCAGAGGGAGGUCGAGAGGAUGAACGCCCUGACACGGACCGAGAAGCUCAAGGCCGAGUUCCUGAGUAAGGCCAGCGUAGAGUACGAAACCAAGGUACAAGAAGCAAACUGGGAGCUGUACAGCAAGCAGAAAGCCGCGGAAGCAGUCCUGUACGAGAAGGAGAAGGAGGCGGAGGCCCAGAAGGCGAUCGCCGAGGCCAGCUUCUACUCGAGGCAGCAGCUCGCCGACGCGGAGUUCUACGCCAAGAAGAGAGAGGCCGAGGCGCUCGUGGCAUUGGCCCAAGCCCAGGGCACCUAUCUGCGGACCCUGCUGGAGGCUUUGGGGGGCAACUACGCCGCCCUCAGGGAUUACAUGAUGAUCAACAACGGCGUGUUCCAACAGGUGGCGAAGGCGAACGCGGAUGCCAUCAAGGGGCUGCAGCCGAAGAUCAGCAUUUGGACCAGCGGCGGAGAAGGGGGCGACGGAAGCAGGAGCGGGACUGGCAACGCGAUGAAGGACGUCGCCGGGGUUUACCGGAUGCUGCCUCCGCUGUUCAAGACGGUGGAGGAGCAAACGGGGAUGCUUCCGCCGGCGUGGAUGGGCAGCUUGACCGACUCGUCCAGUCAGACUAAUCCAAAAUAAGUGGGAGCCGAUCGAAGGCCAAGAGGUUGUGCUGCUUCGGCGCCAUGUGACUCGAAUAUUUAUUUGAGUUUUUGAGAUUGUGUUAAUUAGGUAGGUCUUUUGGUUUUGUGAAGUAGGAGAACAUUUUGAUGGAAUAUUUUCUA